AUGCCUGCCCUUUCCAAAGCAUCGGAUAUCGCUGUUAGUGCCUGGAGCUCUCAAAGUCAUAAAAUACUCCUCUACGGCCAAAGUGAUGAUGGUAUGAUUCAUGAGUAUAAAUAUGACGAUGGAACAUGGACCCACCUAGGACAUGUUGCAAAAGCGCGGCCUGCUACUCCUAUUGCUGUCACCAGCAACAGAAAGGACUGGCCCCAAUUAAUCGAUACGGUCCAGAUCCGGGUUUUCUUCUUAGAUGAGCAUAGACGUGUUGUUCAAGCGGCCAACAAAGGCAGUAGCUGGGAACUCAAAGUUUGGCCAGUAACUUUGCAUGCUGCCUCGCGGCUUGCAGCCCGCAACGAUGGGGACAAAGGUUAUCGCGCUUUUGGACAAGCGGAAAAUGGCGACCUUAUUGAGAUGACUCGCAAUAAGACCUCAUUCUCCUGGAAGGUCAUCUCCAAAAGAGCAGUUCCAGGGACCUGUAUUGCGGUUCCUCAAAAUGGAUUGAAUAGGCUCUACUUUUCCCAAGUACCCCAAAAGUACGAGAACAAGGACCUUUUCGACAUGUUCCCGGGCCUAAAAAACGAUAUUUGUGUCAAGGCCGCUAAGAGUGUGACUGACUGGGUGACCAAUUUGAUUCCUGCUCAACAGCCAGAUAUGGAACUGGUUGCAUACAAGUCAGAUGGGCCUGGAUCUCCAUGGACUAGUACUACCUUGGCCACUGCAAAGCCAAAUAUGCAGAUUGCGGCCACCGACUGUGAGCCUGGGUUGGAUCUUCUUUAUACGAACCAUGGUAAGGUCUAUGAAUUGAGGAAAGAUGGUUUUAAGGCCGAUAUUUCUGACGGCCCCGUUGCUAUUGUGAACCGAGGCGGCAAUAAAGUUGCCGCUUUUUGGCACGAUGCCGAGGAUCCAACGAAGAUCGAUUGGGCUGAAGGUACACCUGGUAGCUUGCAUUCGAGGAGAGCUUUUAACUAA